AAGUUUAGGUCGUUCACCACAUGAGUGGUAAUGAAUCACUGGCGGCAGUCGGUGGUGGAAAUCCAAACCAGAAAGAGGCAGGUGAAUGAAUGCGAGCGGGCACAGGCCGCCCUGAGCAAAGUGACAGCCUGCUUCCAGCAAAUGGCCAACUUCUUGGGGAGCAACAUGGAUAGGAGCUUCCUUAGAGAGGAGCUGGAAGAAACCAGGACAGCAGCUCAUAAAAUAUGCUCAGGGCUUCACCGGAGGCUGCUAAGUCUGCUGACAGAAAUGGAGCAAGGACAAGAGGACAAAGAACAGGCUGAACGACUUUGGGUGAUCUUCUUGUCCAGUUUGGAAAACUUCCAGCAGGACCUACAGAAGGUCAAAGUCUUGCGAGAGUUAUUCCCUCUGAUCUAGCACAAAGAACGACAAGCCCUCAUCAACGCAGGUUAUGUGGGUGGAACUUCGGAAAUGGCAGCUCGGGCAGCCAUAGUGCAAACACCAUGGUUAUCAGUAGAGGAGACUGCAAGCCCAGACCUGAAGCAGCACAUAAUGGAGAUUGAUGUUCAGCUUGAAGAAAUGUUUCAAAGAGUUAAUAUUCCACUGUGGUCUAUUGAACCCACACAAAAAGCCUGGGUAGAAGGCAUUUCGACCCAAGAAAGUAGGCAAGAAGAGGAUGAAAGCUUAGAAGACAUCAUGGAAGUGGAGUCUCAAAAUAAUACAUUAGGUUGUUGCAAUCACCACAACUGCAAAGUAGGCUGUCUACUAUGUCUGCUUAGCCAAGUUCUGACACUAAGUUAAAGACAAGUUUUGAAAUUGAGACAAUCUACAAUAACUUUUGUCCAAUAACAUUGGUUACGAUAGUUUACCAUAAUACUCUAAAAACCUUAAAACACAACAUUAUUGGCUGAUCAGUUGUGCACUACAAUGCUUUUAUAUUAUAUAUCAAAAAGAGAAAGAAAACAAAUCCCUAACACUGUGCAAGAUUAGUUUUCUUUAUCCUAUAGUUUUGAUCUUUUUGGUCCGUCUCCUACGCACCCAUCAAUUGUCAUCAGGUGUGCAGAGAUUGAUUGUUCAUAUACGAUUUCAAAAGUGAAAUAAAAUUCAUUCUGGUCGUAUUUUCCCUCCCUUUACUCCAAUAAUUAGCAAAAACUCAAUUCAAUCAGCAUUUUAUUUAGGACAACAUUGAAAAAUAUACACAGAAACCCAAUACAGAAAAUUUACAUU